GUUACCUGCAGCUCCUCCCACAGUGUCUCAGGUGGAGCUCAGUCUUCGUUUGUCUGCAGCAGCUUGAACACAGUGUCCAACAAACACUCGAGGUGACAUCAUGGUGUACGACCCAGAGUUUGAAUACGCAGGUCAGAGGGCCGGGCUUCAGGUGUGGCGGGUGGAGAACUUGGCAUUGGUUCCUGUACCUGAGAGUCUGUAUGGAGGGUUCUACAGUGGAGACGCUUACCUGGUUCUCCACAGCACUGCGACUGGCAGAGAAACCCUGCAGUACGACCUGCACUACUGGCAAGGUUCAGAGUGUUCUCAGGAUGAGAGUGGAGCGGCAACCAUCUUUACAGUCCAGAUGGAUGACUUCCUGCAAGGGGCGCCAGUCCAGUACCGUGAAGUCCAGGGCCAUGAGUCCAGUACCUUCACAGGGUACUUCAAAUCUGGGCUGAAAUACAUGAAAGGGGGCGUGGCCUCAGGGUUCAAACAUGUGAUGACCAACGACAAGGACGUGCAGAGGCUGCUGCUGGUCAAAGGUCGACGCGUUGUCAGGGCGACAGAGGUUCCUGUCACCUGGGAGAGUUUCAACCAGGGCGACAGUUUCAUCCUGGACCUGGGAGAGGAAAUCAUCCAGUGGUCUGGUUCCCAUAGCAACCACUUUGAGAAGCUGAAGGCCACGAUGGUGUCAAAGGGUAUCCGUGACAAUGAGCGGUGUGGGCGGGCCAAGCUGCUGAUCUGUGAUGAGGGGGCAGAGCCAGACAGGAUGCUGGAGGUCCUUGGGGAGAAGCCGGAGCUUCCUGAAGUUCACCAUGAUGACACCAAGAUGGACGCCUCCAACAGGAAGAUGGCGAAGCUCUACAAGGUGUCCAACGCAGGUGGGGACAUAGAGGUUACCAUGGUAGCAGAGCAGAACCCAUUCUCCCAGGAUGCUUUGCAGUCCAGCGAAUGUUUCAUCCUUGACAACGGAGCCAACGGACACGUGUUCGUCUGGAAAGGUAAGGAUGCUAACUCUGAAGAGCGUCAUGCUGUUCUGAAGAGCGCAGAGCAGUUCAUACACAAGAUGAACUACCCAACACACACACAGGUCCAGGUCUUUCCUGAACAUGGGGAGACUCCGCUCUUCAAACAGUACUUUAAGGAAUGGAGGGACCCUGACGACACCGUCGGCAUGGGAACGGCCUACGUGACCAAUCAGAUUGCAAAAAUCAAGAAGGUGCCAUUUGAUGUGACACAGCUCCACCAAUCAGAGGCCAUGGCAGCUCAGCACGGGAUGGUGGACCGAGGAGAUGGAGAGAAACAGAUCUGGCGUAUUGAGGGAUCAGAGAAGGUUCUGUUGGACCCGUCAGUCUUCGGUCAGUUCUAUGGCGGAGACAGUUACAUCAUCCAGUAUCAGUACCGACACCGUGACAGACAGGGUCACAUCAUCUACAUGUGGCAGGGGGCGGAGUCUAGCCAGGACGAGGUUGGAGCAUCAGCCAUCUUGGCCGUUCAGACAGAUGAUGAACUGAGAGGCAGCGCCGUGCAGGUGCGAGUGAUUCAGGGAAAAGAGCCUGCCCACCUCAUGAGCCUGUUUGCGGGCCAGCCAAUGGUGGUGUACAAGGGUGGGACUUCCAGAGAAGGCGGCCAAUCAGAGGUGGCAGAUACCCGUCUCUUCCAGGUUCGAGCCAAUCCAGUGAAAGACACCAGAGCUGUGGAGGUGGAUCCAUCCUCCUCCAGUCUGAACUCCAGUGAUGUCUUCGUCCUGGUCUCCCCCUCUGGAUCUUGGAUAUGGAAGGGGAGGAGCAGCAGCUCAGCUGAAGUGAAGGGAGCUGAACAUCUGGCCGGGAUCCUGGAGGUGACCCCCACACCGCUGGAGGAGGGGGAGGAGGAAGAUGCAUUCUGGGAUGCGUUGGGGGGGCAGGAGGACUACUGUUGCUCUCCCCGGCUGAAGAACCAGAUGGAGGCUCAUCCUCCUCGUCUAUUCGCCUGCUCCAACAAGACCGGGAACUUCCUGAUGGAGGAGGUUCCAGGUGAGCUGACGCAGGAUGACCUUGCCCCUGAUGAUGUCAUGAUCUUGGACACCUGGGACCAGGUGUUUGUUUGGAUCGGAAACGAGGCUCGUGAGGAGGAGGGGUCGGAGGCGGCGGCGUCAGCGGCCAGGUACAUAGAGAGCGACCCCGCCAACAGAGACCCCCGAACCCCCACAGUGACGAUCAAACAGGGAUUCGAACCACCGACCUUCACCGGCUGGUUCCUGGGCUGGAACCAUGAGUACUGGACCAACGACCCACUGGAGUGCCUCAGCAGACACCUGUGACAUUCACUUCCUGUUAACAAAUAAUGAGGAAGCUCUGAGUCUCACUACUGUGGAGCAAUAAAUAAAACCUGUCUGACUACA